UUCUUUUACAUUUUUACCAAAACAGCUUGUGUAUUUUUGCAAGAUUUGUUUUCUUAGAUUAUAGUAAUCGUGGGAUUUGAAGACGGUUUAAAAUACUAGUAUUACCGUCGGCCGCUCCUUUUUAUAAAAGCUUCAGCCUCACUUCUCAAUUUAAGACUGGACACAAUGGGGAAAAAGCAAAACAAGAAAAAGGUGGAGGAGGUUCUAGAGGAGGAGGAGGAAGAGUACGUCGUUGAAAAAGUACUGGACAGGCGUAUCGUGAAAGGAAAAGUGGAAUAUUUGCUGAAGUGGAAAGGAUUCUCGGAUGAUGACAACACAUGGGAGCCUGAGGAGAAUCUUGACUGUCCUGAUCUCAUCGCAGAGUUUUUACAGUCCCAGAAAAUAGCACAUGAUGGAAUAGACAAAACAGAGGGGCCCAAACGGAAAGCAGAGUCUGAUACUGAAACUGAGGAAAAUAAAAACAAGAAGAGGAGAGAGGAGCAGGAGAAGCCAAGAGGUUUUGCCAGAGGAUUGGAGCCAGAGCGUAUUAUUGGGGCUACAGACUCCAGCGGAGAGCUCAUGUUCCUCAUGAAGUGGAAAAACUCUGAUGAGGCUGAUUUGGUUCCAGCAAAAGAGGCAAAUGUCAAGUGUCCCCAGGUGGUUAUCUCAUUUUAUGAGGAACGUCUGACGUGGCAUUCAUACCCAUCUGAAGAGGAAGAAAAGAAGGAGGAAAAGUAAUCAAGGGAGAGGGGCUUAAGCAACUCCCAUUACAACUUUACAAGACGAGAAAAUAAUCCCGACUUUUCAGAAAGUGGUUUUCAGUUGUACAGGUGUAUAGUUCUCCGGGUGUACCUUUUCUCAAUCCUUUCAGACCCAUAUCAUUGUCAACAUUUGGGAGGGGAUGGGACAGGUUGUGUUUUUAAAUGCAGCAUGAUUUUUUUUUCCUCCAGAUUUUUGGAUAACAACUGUAGAAGCCAGUGAAUUGUAGAUUAGUUACCUUGGCUUGUAGCAUAGGGUUUGAAUCCUCAAAGGGGAAAGGAGUCUGUAGGGCUGAUGUGCCAUUUAAACAGUAGCCUCUUUUUAAUAUGACGUAUGAUGGUUUUGGUUAAAAUUCCUCCCUCUCCUCAGCCUUUUCCUUCACAUGCUCCGGAUCUGAACGGCAGCUUAGUCAGAAUUUAUUUGACUUGUCUUGAGAUGUGACAACUACUUUAGAAAGCCCUGUGUGGCUGCCUGAUGGUUGUAGUUACACCUUUAUUGGAGCGGGAUGGAGAGAGAGUUCAGUGGCUCCUGCUCAUGAGUAUCCUGCCAUUGUGAGCCUCGGUCCCCUGGAUUUUUUUUCUUUGCUUUUAAGAUAGUGUUUCAGUUAUAGUGAAAGACUCUCCUCUUGUUGGCUAGUGCAGGUUGCUCUACAAUCCAACAAUAAACCUCAAUUAGUGAGAAAAGCGUUCUUAAAGAGUCAAAUGAUGUUGGACAGGAUUUCUUAAAGGGUCAAAUUCUUGAGGUUGCUGAUUGGUGCAAGAUUCCAGUCAUGUGAAGUAGAGUAACUCGCUAUUCUUGUGGCUUACGCAAUUUUUAAUUUGAUUUUGAUUUUGUUUUGUAUUAAAGCUUGAUAAUUGUUUAACUUCCACUGCCUAGUGAUGGAAUCUGCUCCUGCCCAGGAUUCUGGGAGGAGAAUGCAGCUGUGUAGUACAGACAGAACUGCAAAAAGACCUAGCAGUUAGCAGCAUUGGGACAAAGAAACGUUUGUUUCUUGGAUGCAUGCCUUUUUUUUGUGGUCAGAUGGAGGUUUACUUUGGAAGCAUUAUCCCAACAGCUUCACUGUACCUUCCCUACUUAUAUUGCACAGCCAGCUGGUUAUGAUUGUGCAGGUUGAGAUUCCAAAUACCAUAUCCCAGUGCAGCACCACAUUCUCCACUAUCUUGCCAUCGCUGGAUCAGUGACCUUUUGAAGAUAUGAAGUGGAGUGCUCUUGUAAUUCAGUCUUUAUUUCCAGACAGCUGUGUAAAGCGUGGCAGCUUGGGGCCAGUGCCCAUCUAAUUCAUUCCCCAGCUGAGGAGCACGAGUAGGUACUAGGUGUAAUUAUCGCUCUGGGAGUGUUUGGUGGAUAGCCCCAGGAACUCUUAAGUUUAUUUGGUCCCAGUAUACCAUUUUAUUAUUGACUCAGUUGUUUGAUUGGUGAAACCUCUCACUGAACCAUUAAUUUAUCUGUUCAACCUGUUUGGGAGGAGAGGGAAGUUGUGUAGCAAAUACACAUGUGCAUCACUGAAUUACAUCUGCUCCUUUGCUUGAGACAUUGAUCUUGUGCAUAGCAAUUGGGGGUGGGCAUGGAUUUGGCUUUACCUGCCCAAGUCAGAAAUCAAGCCAAAAAAAAACUACCUUUUAAAAAUGUCCCCAGUAGAAUUGUGAUUCUGGCUGUGUUUUGUCUAUUGGGGAGGGUUUUGGGGGGCGGGGAAGAGGGAGAGAGAGAAGAGUAUGCUGUCUCAUUAUAAUUCACGUACCGCAGACCUGGAAAAGGGAGGUGGCUGUUGUUUCCAUAAUAGCCUCUCCCAACUGUCUGCAACAUCGGAAUCCAAGUGUCCAAAUGCAGGAAAAGUAUUGCUCAACAAAGUGUUUGUGUAACUGAAGUAAGACUGAUUAUGUUCUCAUUAGUAAUCUUUUUAAACGUGAUGGGGGGUGGCGGGGGGGGGAGGAAGAGGGCAGUGGGGAAAUGAUGUGGGUAUGUUUGAGGUAUUUGUGGAAGGAAAAAUACAAGCAUGGAAACUAAAAGUAUUAGUGCCACUUUCCUAGUUUUCAUACAUUGCAGCUCUUCUGUCUGAUUCACAUUUAAUCAUCAAAUGUUGUCUUUUAGAGGGGGAGAACUGAUUUUAGCUGGUUUUAAAGGAUCUGUUUUUGUAGAAUUCCUAUUAAGUAUUGUGAUAACUGCUCCUGCAACAUUACACCGUGUUGUUUAACAGGAACGCAAAUAUUGUGUAAUAAAACAGGAAAAACAAA